AUGGCUGUACUCUCCUCUGCAGCCCGACCUCUGCUUCGACUUCGAACCCUCCGAUCAUGCGUCCCCCACCGAUUCGCGAGUUCCUCCUCGUCGGCUACCACCACGAGCUCCAAGCAGGUUACUAGUAGGGUUGGGACUUCUUCUCAGAGCCCCAUAUCAAAACUAAACAUUCCUACUCCGAAAGGACCCUCGCCGCAACCAGGUAAAGGUCAACAACCUAGCAUACCAACACUCGAAGGGCCAGUGUCGCAAUUUAUCAGAGAGCUGCCUCCGCACCUAGCGAAAAAGCAAUGGUACGCGCAAAAGCUAUACGAUGCAGGGACAACAGCCAUAUACAGACCCCCGUCUCAUUUUGGGAUCUAUGCUGCAGCGUUUGUCAUAGGAAGCAGCGCUAUUGGCGUUGCUGGUAUUCUCGCAUACGGUAAUCUCUGGGCUUGGGAAGGAGACCCCGACCUCCCAUGGUUCGUGCCAGUUGCACAUCGAUUGGGAAUCUUUGUCUUCUCGGCCGUCGGCUGGCUUAUUAUGAUGCGGUCAUUAAGGAUCAUCAAAGCAAUCGAUCUCGUGCCGGUAGAUGGGGUCGUGAAGAUGGCGGUGCAGGUACGCCGGCCUCUACCGUUUCUGAGGCCGAAGCAAUUCCUCAUUGAACCUUAUCGCUUUCAGAUGGACAACAAGUUCGUGCAACAACUGGCAGAACCUGAUUUCAUAAUGGCAAAUGCAGAAGCGCCGUCUUCAACAAACCAAACUUCCGGGGGACUUGUUCCAAGCAUUGUGCGAGCAAUCAGCAAAGCAAUCUAUUACCCGUUUGCAUCAACGAGGAGGUUGAUGACCCUUGAAGGUUUUAUGAUGGUCAACUUUGAAGGGAGUCGCGGCAAGAUGAAGCUGGACACACAGGGGCUUUUCUCCAAUGCAGCAGAGGAUCUUAUCCAGAUGGGCACCACAAGGCUUUGA